GGCCCCGCCCCGCCGGCCCGGUCACGUGACCGUCAUGGCGGCCACCAGGUACCGGCGCUUCCUGAGGCUCUGCGAGGAGUGGCCGGUGGAGGAGACGAAGCGGCAGCGCGAUUUGGGCGUCUUCAUUCGGCAACGCGUGGCUCAGGCCUUCCGCGAGGGGGAGAACACGCAGAUUGCCGAUCCUGAGACCUGUGACCAAAUGUAUGAGAGCUUAGUCAGAAUCCACAACAACUACUACAAAAACAAGUAUCCACGCCUGAAAGACACAAGCUUCACUGGAGUGACAGUGCAAGACUGCAAGAUGAUCCUAGCAACAGACAUUCUGAAACAGAUGGAAGACAUGAAAAAAGGGACGUGGAGAAAAUUGCGAGAAAGGUUUUACGCCAAGAAAUCUGAAGAGGACUCGAAGUGAUAGGCUGACUCCCAGAUUCUCCUCUGUAUAUAUUCCUAAAGCUCUGUGUUGCCAUGAUGAAUAAAACCAUUCAUUCCUCUUA